GGUCGUCAAGAUUGCGGUUUCCUAUCAAGAACACUCGCAGUCGCUCAGGCUCCCAUUUGCUUCUCUCCAGCAAAGGCAUCAAUGGCAGUCUCUUUCUAUCCUACAAUCUCUUCUGGUCUACCCACCCGGACCGGAUUCGCACAGUCUUCUCUAAGCUGCGGGAGCAAAGUCUCUGUUGGGUUAAGAGUUCAAUCUUCAAAUUUUCGUGGACUUUCUUCAUCUAAUAUAAAUGUUGAAUUUCACAACAAGGUUUAUAGAAGCAUUGAGUCCAGAACUUGUGAGAGUAAACCAACUCGUGGACGAGUUUCCAUGAUGCCCAUUGGAGUGCCAAGAGUGCCUUACCGAAAUAGAGCGGAAGGGACUUGGCAGUGGGUUGACUUGUGGAAUGCUCUUUAUCGUGAACGUGUUAUCUUCAUUGGGCAAACCAUAGAUGAAGAGUUCAGCAACCAAAUAUUGGCCACAAUGCUUUAUCUUGAAAGUAUUGAUGAUUCAAGGAGAUUGUAUAUGUACAUUAAUGGCAAUGGUGGUGAUCUUACUCCGAGCAUGGCCAUCUAUGACACAAUGCAAAGUUUAAGAAACCCUGUUUGUACACACUGUGUGGGAUAUGCCUAUGGUCUGGCUGCAUUUCUUCUUGCAGCUGGGGAGAAGGGUUACCGCACUGCAAUGCCUCUUUCAAAAGUUGGCUUAGAGGCUCCAGCUGGUGCUGUUCGUGGUCAGGCCGAUGACGUACAGAAUGAAACAGAGGAGCUUAUCAGGAUUAAAAAUUACCUUUUCAAGGAGUUGUCUGAGAAGACAGGCCAACCUAUUGAAAAGAUCCAAAAGGACUUGAGCCGGCUGAAGCAUUUCGAUUCCCAAGAAGCUCUUGAAUAUGGUCUUAUAGAUCGGAUAGUUAGGCCUUCAGAUUUCAAGGACGAUUCCGAGAGGAAGGAUUCUACUGUAGGUCUUGGUUAGUUUGUAUGUAGUGUCUGAAUUUACUAAAUUACUGACUUUUUUUAAUGGCUUUUGAACUUGCAAAGUUUAUAAUCUGAUUAGUACACUUGAUGAGUUGUUAUGUUUUUAAUUGAUCCAAAAAUCCCAGCUUGCAUUUCUUGAUUUAGAUAUGAAAGUAAUUCAGUUUGAUAA